AUGGCAUCGCAGACCCGAUACUAUGCCUCGCCCACCGACGCGGCUGUCUUUGCCAAGUCUCUCCUCACCAAGUCUGGCUUGCCCGAAGAUGAUGCCGAGCUGAUGGCCAAAUGCCUUGUUCAGGCUGACACCCGCGGAGUGGACACACACGGUCUUGCACGACUACAGCAAUACAUUGAACGAGUGACGAGUGGACUAGUCAAGGCCAAACCUGAUAUCAAGAUCACCGAGAAAACACCCGUUGCCGCCCACGUCGACGGCGACAAUGGCUUCGGAUUUAUUGUCGCAUGCAAGGCCAUGGACGACGCUAUCCGUCGUGCCCAGACUUACGGCAUUGGCAUCGUUACCGCCGAGCACUCGAAUCACUUUGGCAUGGCGGCGACGUACGUUAAUCAGGCUCUAGAUGCUGGCAUGAUCUCUCUGGUCUUCACCAACUCGGCCAAGCAGAUGCCGCCUUUCGGUGGAAAGGAGACUCUGCUCGGUAUCUCUCCUUUUGCUGCUGGUGCCCCCAGUCAAAACGAAGUCCCCUACAUCUUGGACAUGGCCCCUUCCGUGGUGGCCAAGGGAAAGAUUCGCCGUGCUGCUCGACGAGGUGAAAAGAUCCCCCUGGGUUGGGCCUAUGACAAAGACGGCAAGCCCACCGAGGACGCCGAGGCCGCUCUGAAUGGAUCCAUGGCCCCCAUUGGUGGUCCCAAAGGGUCUGGUAUUGCUAUUCUCAUGGACAUCAUGUCUGGAGUUCUCUCUGGUGCCGAGUUUGGCGGAACUGUUGGCGACCAGUAUAAGGAGGCUCGGCCGCAGAACGUCGGACACUGCUUCAUUGCCAUCAAGCCUGACGUGUUCAUGUCGGCUGAUCAAUUCCGCGCCCGUAUGGAUACCUUGGUGCAGCGAGUGCACGGCGUAACCCCUGCCGAGGGCUUCAAGGAGGUCUUGUUCCCUGGUGAGCCAGAAUAUCGUCUGGCUGUGGAGCGAACAAAGCAGGGCCUCCCAUUCGCGGACGCGGAGAAGAAGAUGUUUGAUGAUCUUGCAAGCAAGUACGAAGUGUCACAACUGAAGCUUUCUGAGACCCCUUUAGAUAAUUAG